AUGGAUUUGACCAACGAAUGCGUGCGUGUCGUCCUUCGAGAUCCCCUCCUGAACGCUAACGUUCAAAUUGUAGGAUCGAGCUCUCUCGCGUCGAGUCUCGACACCACCUCCACCUCCAGCCAGUCGUUCCCGUUUACGACCGGCGGUCGUCCACCAGAUACCUCACUUCCUGCAUUCAAGACUGAAUACCACCCGAAAUCCGGCCGCCCCACCCGCUUCUAUUCGUAUGACGAGUUCCGUCGCCCGGUCCAGCAACAGGUCUUCGAAAAGGAUGAACAUCCUUGGAGACCGUUUCGCAGCCGUGCCGAUUACGAUCUGGCAUCUAUUGCGGUCGACGCGCAGAUGUCGGAUUCGUUGGUGAGGCGACUGUUGGAUCUCGUAAAGGGUGUCAAAAGCGGUGAAGCUAAUGUCACCUUCGAGUCGGUCAAAAAUCUUCGGGACGCAUGCGAUACGGCUACGACUACAUUUACUCCUUUCGAACUGCACGAUAUUGUGAUCAACUAUAAGGGAGAAGACCUUCAUCACGAGUUCUACGGGCGAGAUAUGUUUGACUGGGCCCUGGACUUACUCGAGAACGAGGCUCUUGCGCCUCACUUCGUCUGGGACGCUCAACGACACUACAAGUAUAAUGGUUCCGAUUAUGUACGCUUCAUUGACGAACCAUGGUCGGCAGACCGUUGGUGGGCCAUACAAGAAGAUCUCCCGAAACUCGGCGAUCAUCCCGCUGCACCAUUCGCCAUCGUCUUGUACGCUGACAAGACAAGACUAUCGAGCGCUGGGAACGUACAAGGCUAUCCCGUCGUUGCGAGGUGUGCAAACUUGCCUGCAGACAUUCGCAAUGGCAAAGGAUCUGGCGGUGGAUACGUAGUCGGAUGGCUUCCGAUUGUGGAAGAUAACUCUGAAGAAGACGGAACGCUUGCAUAUACGACGCUGGAACGAGUGCUGUGGCACGACUCGGUGCGGAAGCUGUUCGAAAACGCCCAAGAUAGUUCGAAAAACGGCUUCUUCUACGAGAAGUGCCACGACGGGAUUCCUCGAUGGCUUUACUUUACCAUUCUCAUCCUAUCCGCAGAUUAUGAGGAGCAAACUACUAUGGUACUCAAUCGUGGUGCGGGCGGAAACCACCCUUGCCCGGUGUGCCUCGUGCCCAGGAAGCAGCAACAUGACCUCUCCCUACGAUUCCCUCGACGCUCGGAGGCGGAAACUCAAGCAGUGGUGGUACAGUAUAAUCAGGCUGACAUAGACCCAGCGGAAAAGCGACGACUAGGGGCCCGUCUCGACGAACUGAGCAUCAGGCCUGUCAACAACAUUUUUUGGAUGCUAAGAUACUCUGAUACGGCCAACACUAUAUCUGUCGACCACCUUCACAAUUUCCAUCAUGGGAUAUACGGCAAGCAUCAACAUCCAGAGUUACUCAAGAUCCUCGAGAACACGCCAAACUCCCGCAAAGACUUAGGCAAGUUCAAUAGUCAAAAGCUAAUCUACCACAACAGGUUCUCUCAGCAGCCCCGUUGGCGUGGAUUCGGUCACUUCGAAUCGCCGUCCACUACAACUUUCAGCGACGGCAAUAAAUUCAGAGACAUAUCUAAGGCAAUUUUAUUUUGCACGUACAAUAUCCUAACGCCCUCCUACUCGCCCGAGGGAUUUAAGCUACUUCAGCUUAUUGCCAGCUAUCUCGAGCUAGACGCCUAUUAUUCCCUUGAAGUUCACACCGAGGAGACGCUUCGAGCCGCCUGGAAAGAAGUCGGAAGGUUUGGUACUCUUCUAAAGGAAUACAUCGCUUUGGCCCUGGUCGCCAAAAGUCAAGGGCGAAACACAAAAAUCAAGAUCAACUGGGACUUUCCGAAGAUUCACGCGCUAAUACAUUUCCUCAACGACGUCUUGCAGAAGGGAGGAAGUCGUCAUACUUCGACUCGCCCUAACGAAGGCAUGCAUGGUCCACUCAAGGAUUCAUACGAGAAUCGGUCAAACGGCAAGGAUUUUGCUGAACAGAUCCUGCGUGUCGACACACACCGGCUGGCGCUCCUUGUCAUUGGCGAGCGUAUUCAGCGACAGGCCGAGAUCAAGCGCCUGGAAGCGCUUCAGGAUCGUGUAGAGCACGACGACGACGUUACAGCAUACGAAACCGACAACAGCUGGCACGUAUACCUCGGCUCCCCACAGCAACCUAUAGCCGUCCAGGAUGUUGUCAGUAAGCGCAGCCAGGAUAGCGCCUUCGAGGACUUCGAGCUCAAACUUCAAGACUACAUCAAUCUUCGCCUUUUCCCCAACCUCGGGAUCUCGCUGCCGACACCUCUAGCUAUCCCAGAAACCUUCCAGAUCACCGAGUAUUACUUCUUCAAGGUCAACUAUGAGUCGUAUGAAACAUGGACGACCAGGACCGACUACCUGCGCUGCAACCCGUCGUUCUACAACCACCCUCGAUACGAUUGCGUCCUCGCCAAGCUCACACCUGGGACUGCCGGCAUCGCACGCCUUGUGAUGCCAUUCGACUUUACCAUAUUGUUCCAGGAUGCCGAAGGGGCCCACCCUCAAACAUUCUCAGCUGCUCUCGUUCAACCUUACACCGCUCAGCCCAAUGUGCCCGCUGACGUUGGCAAAAUCGACGACGACUUGAACUUCACCCGGCUUAAAGCCUGCCCCCGUGCUGACACAACAAUAAUCUCUCUGGACUCGGUCAUUCGAGGCGCUCUGAUAUGCCCUGACUUUGAUCGCCCCGACGAAUACUUUGUCAAUGCCUUCGUUGAUGGAGACAUGUUCCUUCGAAUGAAGGGCGACUGGACUAGGGUUUGA